AUGUCCGUAAUUCUUUCUGCAACUUAUCCUAUCUAUCUAUCUAUCUAUCUAUCUAUCUAUCUAUCUAUCUAUCUAUCUAUCUCAGUCUGUGUGAUCAACCGUAGUGUGUUCAUUUCUGUCAAACUCUGUUUAUAUCAAGCUCCUUGUGUAUCUGUUUUCAUAUCUACGUAUUUACCUAAUUUUCUCUAUCUCUACCUUCUCAUUGGAUCAUUAACAGUUUGUCGAAAGCUUUGUUUGAUGAUGUCAACACGUUCAGGAUAUCAAUGUGCCACCCCACUUCCAUCCCUCACUGAUUUCCUUUUCGCGUCAUUAUUGCCUUCCCGUUCAUUUCCAUUGCUAUUAAUUCCUCGGCGGAUUUCUCAGUUUUAUCUCUUUUGUUUAUUCGCUUUCCUUCCUCUUUUUUCUUUUCUUUUUGAUUCCUUUUUGUUUUACGGGGUUUUUCUUCAUAUUUUUGUACACUUUUGCCUUUCGUCUUUACCUGGCACGUUCUCAAUAGUUUUUAUCAUAUUCUUUAGCUGCUGCUGCUGCUGCUGCUUCUUCUUCUUCUUCUCCUCCUCCUCCUCCUCCUCCUCCUUCUUCUUCUUCUUCUUCUUCUUCUUCUUCUAA